AUGUUGCCUUCCCAAGAAGCCUCCAAGAUCUACCAUGACAACUACAUGCGCAACUCGCGCGCCAUCGGCGUGCUGUGGGCCAUCUUCACCAUCUGCUUCGCCAUCGUCAACGUGGUGGUGUUCAUGCAGCCCUACUGGAUCGGGGACAGCGUCAGCACGCCGCAGGCCGGGUACUUCGGCCUGUUCCACUACUGCCUGGGCACCGCCGGGCCGUCGCCCGCCCGGGAGCUCACGUGCACCGGCAGCUUCUCGGACUUCGGCUCCAUCCCGUCCGGCGCGUUCAAGGCCGCCUCGGUGUUCGUGCUGCUGUCCAUGGUGCUGAUCCUCGGCUGCAUCGCGUGCAUGGCGCUGUUCUUCUUCUGCAACGCCUCCACCGUGUACAAGACCUGCGCGUGGAUGCAGCUGCUGUGCGGAGUGUGCCUGGUGCUGGGUUGCAUGAUUUUCCCCAACGGAUGGGACGCCGAGGCGAUCCGGGACAUGUGCGGCGAGCGGACGGGGAAGUACUCUCUGGGCGACUGCUCUGUGCGCUGGGCCUACAUGCUGGCCAUCAUGGGCAUCCUGGACGCCCUCAUCCUCUCCUUCCUGGCCUUCGUGCUGGGCAACCGGCAGACGGACCUCUAUCUUGACGAUUUGCAGAUGGACAACAAAGAUUUUGCUGUGUCGAGGAUCGAGGUGCGGGACAGAAGAGAGCCGAGAUACGGAGUGCAGCGUCUCCACUGAGGGCACUGGACACAACUCCUUUCCUACCCUCCUUUCCUCUCCUCCUUUCCUCCUCUCCUCUUAUCGUCUCUCCAAUGAUACCACUCAAUCUUAAUAUCGACACCAAGUGAAAAGGAUUCUUUCCGUGAGACGGAACCGGGCGACAACUCACUGGGAUAAACUAUAUUUUCAACAACAACAACAAAGAAUAGAGUUGUACGGCGCAUUUCUCAACAAACACUCUUACGACGAAAAAAAAGACAAAGAUUUACCGUAUUUUAACGUCUUGAUUGGCAUGAGAAACCUAAUCCUCACAGAUGAAGAACCAUCACGUCCGCGUAUGAUUAUAACGCCAUUUAUUUCAAAUAUUGCUAUUUUUAACAACUUUUGAGUUUGUGCACGUUCGAGGCUCCAGGACCGCGGACGACGGAGUCCAGGCUCAUUCACAUCACUCGUAUGGCUCUUCAUCCAAAGGAAUAAGGGAGUUUCAGACGUGAGGACUUGAGAGGAGCCCCCCCACCAUUGCAGCUUUACAGAAACCUAACAUCUCUGGGAGAUUCUCUACUGUAUAUACGUCACAAUGUAAAUGACAUCACCGCCGACCAACGCAGCCGACGACACACAACCUCACCCCGCUCCGAUGGACUGUUCUACCCCUUUUG